UUCUCCUUUUUCUAAGUUGUUUGACGGUGUUAGGAAACGUCGGAAUCGAUUAUCCUUCAUCGUUUUUUCAUUCAUACAACUUAUAACUAAGAAUGCACAUAUACGAAGAUACGGAACGUUCUGUUGACGACUGGAAUUCUGUGGAUGUGGAAAUAGAUGGCCAGCUGCAGCAUGGCCAUGUCAUCGGCCUGGAAGAGAAGCCACGGAACGGUAACACUCCGCUGCGUCUGAUUGUCGAUUUCGGGGGCCCGUCACAACAGGCGGUACUGGUGGAAUACGGGAAGAUCUGGGACUGUUCCGCACAUCGAUCCACGCGUGUGCACGAGGGAGAUGAAGUGGAGGUGCUGCUGCACGAGGGCCGGGAUCGUCCUUGGAAAUGGUAUCGCGGGAAAAUGCUGAUUCGAAGGUUCAACCAGUUGUAUCAUAUGGCGCUGGUGGAGGUGAUGGUGAAUGGACAGUCUCGUCGCGAACUGCUUCCCUGGCAACAGAUUCGCGAUCGAGCGGGAGAAGCAGUUAAGCCUCAACCCAUUGCAGCGGGCCAUUUCGUUAUGCGGACGUGCAGCGUGCCUAACGGUUUCUGGACUCUCCAGCCGUCCGUCGCUUCAUGGCUGCUACGCAGAAUGCAGUUCCACUUGCAUCUGCAGUUUGUCAAGGUUCUCAGCCAGGAGAUGCACUGUUUGAUGGUGCGACGGCGUCCGGAGGGGCCUCUGCGGGACGAAGAUGUGGCCGCCAACUUCGAAUUUGCGAGAAUGGAGUUCGGGGGGAGUGUGUUUUGUGGAAAACGGCCCAAGACAAUCGAAGAGUGGGAUGGUGAGCGGAAGCGGGAAAAGCCGUUAUGUCUCGAGGAAGGCGAUUUGCCGUUGUCGCUGAAUGUGCUGAAGGAGGUCUUCCUCUCCCUGGACACCAUCGAUCAGCAGCGCUGCCGCCGCACCUGUCAGCUGUGGGAAACGAUGCUGUCGUCUUUGGAUGUGCGCUCCGUUGUGCGUGUCUCAGUGCAGAAUCCCAGCGAAUCAGCAGCGGUGAUGUGGGAUCGGAACUAUUUUCUGUACGCCUGCAUCUUCAAGCUCAUCACGCCGGCCACCCGCACCGUCUCUAUUCGCGGGGCCAUGCCGCCCUCCCGUCAUCGAUGGAACCUGCGCGUGGCCAAUGAAUCCGUAAGCCUGAUUAAGAAGGUCUUGGGCGGCGCUGGCUUGCGCCUAGACCGCCUCAUCAUGGAUCAGCGAUCGAUGAAGAUCGCAUACGACUAUCCAUGGACACGGCUUUCCUUUGAAGUCUUCGCGCACCUGUCCAAGCUUUUGUCGUGCUGCGAUCACGUGAUUUUGAAAAGUUAUGUGUUCGCACUUUCGGACGAAAAUCGCGCGCCCUUGAUGGAGUUCCGUAUUCCCGCUGCCGUCUUCACCCGGGAGCCGAUCGAUCACGCGCAGAUUGCGGACAUGCUGGAGCAGCAUCUGAGCUAUGAAGGGCCUCCGAUAGAUGUGCAGCACAUUGCGCAGUGCCUGGCCAGUCGGAUCGAUAUGUCCCACAAAGCCAACAAUGUCAAAAAGAUUCUGGAACGCUACCAAUCCGGCGAUCCGCGUCCGUCCGCAUAUUAUCGAAAACACCCGUGGACGCUGAACAACGUGGCCGGCGUGGACGUGGCCAAGCUGAACCGAAUGUGUCUGUACGCGUUAUGGCGCUACAUACAGGACUGGGGCCCGGCAUUCGCGCAUGACAACGCACGAACUGAGCCGUUCAUGGAGCUAAGCUAUAUAGAACUCGAUUCCUUAUCCAGCCCCUCCGAGCCCGACGAUUUCUGAUCCUACGAGGACGAGGAAUGAAAAGAGGCUACAGUUUCCGAAGAUGCCAGCUGCAAAAAAGAUUCAGUUAUUUCUACUAUUCUUAAUGGAAUGUCUAGAAAUUUUUUCAGCAA